UACCGUGUUAACAUUCUGGACGACUGGAAUGCCCUGUGCCUGCGCAAACACAUUCCCAGCAGCGAAACCUUCUCCCUGGCCACCACUUUGGGUCAUCCGAUGACAAUUAGAGCCUGGUCCUUGGCUGGUCUGCCGGCAGAUAAUUUUUCGGUGGAGAAUGGCAUCAUAGUGACCAACUCCAGUCGUUACUCGCUGCUCAUCGAUCCACAGGUGCAAGCCAACAAAUGGAUCAAGAAUAUGGAGAAGAACAACGGCCUGAAGGUGAUCAAGCAGAGCGAUGCCAACUACAUGCAGGUUUUGGAGUUGGCCAUAACCUUUGGUCAACCCGUGCUUAUAGAGAAUGUGGGUGAAAAGCUCGACUCGAAUCUGACGCCCAUUCUGGAGAAGAACAUCAUCAAACACAAGGGCGGUGUGUUUAUCAAGAGCGGCGACCAAAUGAUAGAAUACAAUCCCAACUUUCGUCUUUACAUAACGACCUGUCUCCGCAAUCCGCGUUAUCCGCCGGAAGUGAUGGUUAUGGUAACAGUAUUAAAUUUCAUGAUAACGGAGCAGGGAUUACGCGAACAAUUGCUGGCGAUUGUGGUGGCUCACGAGCGUCCCGAUUUGCAAGAGAAGAAGGAACAAUUGAUUAUUGAGUCCGCAAGGAAUCGUGAUGCAUUGUACACCAUCGAAUCGAAGAUAUUAGAGGUAAGGCUCUUUGGCUGCUCCUGGUCGUCCUGA